CUUACUGGUUACUAUGGUAACACAGUUCGGUUCUUCGACGAUGUUUGUAGCUUUGGAGCACUGAAAGAUAUCGGGUUUUGGAAGAGAUAAAGAAUAAAUGUGAUGCCUUUGACUUAAAUAUAGUUUUAGAGGAAUUUAAUAACUUAAAUAGGAAAACAAAACAGAUUUAAAAAAAACUUUGACAAACUUCGGCUGAAUGGAGACAGAAAAGACGACGUGUGUCUCUGAAAAAGACGCCGACAGUUUGAGUGAUACGACGGACGUUCCUAUUCUCGCGGGUAACAGCUGCAAGUUACACCUCACAAAUGUCAAGUCACGUGCACCAGAGAGAGCACAGACAAUGACUGAAAUUUUUCACAAAACAAACAUGAACAUUGAGAAAAAGAAGAAACCAACAUUCUCUGCAGGAAGCAGGUUGCACACAUGGAGCCGGAGCAGAGCUGCCAGUGCAGACAGAGCAGGUUUGUCUGAACAGAGUGCAGCACUGUUAGCAGGUGCUGGCCUCCUUCCACAUGCAGUAAAUAAAGCAAGAAGGAAAUCGAGGAGACCAACCUGCAGUGAAGGGGCCACUGACUGCCAACUUGUUGUAAAAAAUCACAAGCCAUCGGGAAAUGAUAACAACACUGCAGCUGCUUUCUCUUCCACCCAAUUGCCUGUUGUUCCAAGUUGUCACCAACUUGACUUAGACAGGCGCUUUCUGCAAAAAUUCCCUCAACUGGAUUCCACGAAUGAAGUCCAGUUUCUCAACCUCCAGCGUAACUUGAUCACAAGAAUUCAGCAUUUAUCACAACUGCAGCAUCUCAUUUUAUUGAACCUGUAUGACAAUUACAUCUCUGAGAUGUCUGGCAUUGAAGUUCUUCGAUCUCUCAGAGUCCUCCUGCUGGGGAGGAACAGAAUCAAGAAAAUUUGUUGCCUGGAGAACUUGUCCAGACUAAACAUCCUGGAUUUGCACGACAAUCAGAUCUGCAGGAUAGAAAACAUCUCUCACCUGGAUGAACUGCAGGUACUGAACCUCUCAGGAAACUGCAUCUCAAGGUUGGAAAAUCUCCAGGGCCUCGACUCUCUGACUGAACUUAACCUGAGGCACAACUGCAUCUGUGCUGUGACUGAGCUGGACCGCCUGCCCUGCUUGCAGCGUCUCUUUCUCAGCUGCAACAACAUCAUCAGAUUUGAUCAGCUAGCCUGCCUUGGAAGGUCUCACUCCCUUUCUGAGCUCACCCUGGAUGGGAAUCCUGUAGCCCUGGAGACAUGGUACAAGCAGGCUGUCCUGCGCUGUGUGCUUCAUCUGAGACAGCUGGACAUGAAGCGCGUCACAGACGAGGAUCGGCGCAUGGCAGGUGUACAAGCUCGGAAAGAGGAGGAAAAAAAGGAGAAGAGCCACAAGCAGACUAUUCAUAAGGAGAAGCGGCGCCUUGCUAUUCGAAAUGCAGCACAGCAGUGGGAGGGUGUCAGGGCCUGCAUGGAGCUGGCACCCACCACCGGCACAAAGGAGGAUGUCAGUCCGGAGAACAGCCCCAGCCACAGCCCGGCACAAACCAACGGAGUUGCACAAGAUCCUUCCCCGGAAGAACCAAGACGGGUGAGUCCAGGCUCAGGACCUGAGCGACCACCAGGUGGCACAGAGAUCCGACUCCGUACCAACAGCCGCCCAAACAGCCCUCGGGAUCCAAAGUUUGUGGAGACGGGGAGCGGCAGCGUCCAGAGCCUGUCCUUGUCUGAAAGUCACCUGGCAGAGCUGGAUGGAGACACCCUGCGUUUAUUCGGACUGGGAGCGCUGGAGGCCCUGGAGAGGGGCUGGGGGGUUCAGACAGCGGGGGCCGUCACUGUUAUAACCUUUCGCUACAUCAACUUUGACGCCAUUGUACCUUCACUGCCGAGAAUAAGGGUCAAGUUCCCAAACCUAUCACAUCUGAUCUUCCUGGAGACAAACAUCAGCCGCCUGCCUCAGCUGGCGGCCUUGGCUCAGGUGAGGCGUCUGGAUCAGCUGACCGUCCACCCUGAGGGCAACCCGGUGGUCAGUCUGACUCUGUGGCGCUCAUUUGUCAUCUACCGCCUGUACCACUUCAACCUCCAAAGGAUCAAUGGCCAGGAGGUGACCAUGAAUGAUGUGAUCAGCGCAGAGCGUGUGUUUGGAACACUCGGUCAUGUGGCCGCAACGGAAACUCCGCGUUGUCGUCUCCUUCUCCUGCUGGAGGAGUCAAGGAAGCGGCAGCUGCAGUUCUUGCUGGAGGGGCGUGGCCGGCGGGCGGGGCUGAGUCCGGACGACCUGCGAGAAAAUGGGAAACUCCUGGGUGAAAGCCUGAGCAGAGCGCUCUUCAACUACCCAAGCAGGGACUGUAACACUGAGAGCCCAGAGGAGGGCUCUGUGGAGUCGUCCGAGCGGGCGUCCAUGAUCGAUCAGUACCUCCAGGACUUGGUCCAAAGAGCAUCAGACACGAACCUGAAGGGCGAGGCUUUACAUAAACUCUGGCCUUCCAUGUUUGCAGAGAUGGUCGGGGACUGUGUGUUGGAGAUGAGGGACCGAGCAGCCUUCCGCCAAACCAGCCUAGCAAAGCUCUCCGAAACCAAGUGAAAAGGACCAAAGUUUCAGUCGUAGCCGUCACAUGCACCUUGUGGACAUUGCUUCUCUCUGCUUUUUACCAUGUCCUUGACGCAUUAUCACCUAGUGAUUUAUCAAUAAUCAGUCAGAGGCUCUUCUUGAGGUGGAUGUAGACUCUUCUAAAAGAAUUGUCAGGACAUCUGCAUCUUGACUGAAUGUAGAUUUCCACUGAAAACACAGAGUUUAACUCCUCAGAGUUGGAAGCUGUAUUGUACUUGAAGAAACUUACAGGGACCUAUUCACGUGUGGUUCAUCAUCGUUGUCCUGUUUGGAGCAUCUUCUGCACUUUAAAAGCCUUUCGAAUGACUCCCUGUACUGUCACGAGCAUCAGCUUAAAAUGACCGCCGUCUCUUGUCUGGAGACUAGAAUGAUUUUUCUGUCAUUUAGCCUCAUAAAUGUUCUUUUUUAAUUUUUCUCCUGCCUGUCAUAAAAUAGUUGAUUUUUGUUUACCACAGAUUUUUCUGUAUUGUACUUAGGAUUAAAAGAUUCUGCAUUGA